AGAAAAGAGAAAGGAAUUUAUCUCUGCAGCACUUUGGAUCGCGUGUCUUUCCAGCAGAAGGUUUUUAUACUGCGUCCAUGUGAAUCGCUGCUGCUGCCGCCGCCGCUGCUGCUGCUGCCUUUUUUUUUUUUCCUUUUGUGGCUAUUUUUGUCAAACUGCAGUUUCUUACGUCUGGACUCGGGUUUUCCUACAAGAUUAGAGAUCCUGAAUGGCUGACUGCGAUUUACCUUGGAACUGGCCUCCCGAUACUUGCACAUCCUGAUCGGGUGCCUCUCCAAUCGCCCUCCAGUGUGUGUGUGUGUGUUUUUUUUGUUUUGUUUUGGGUUUUUUUAUGUAUUGAUCGCGUUCUUUUACUCCAUAUGAGACUGCGUGCUCCGAUUUGACUUUGCACUGCCCCGUCUUUUUCUUUUUUUUUAAGAUCCCCCUUUUUUACUCCUAUAGGUUUCCCAAACACCGGCGAUCAUUUCGCUUUAUAGCACUUUCCGGGGCCGAGAUAUGGCAAUGGUAGUUAGCGUCUGGCGAGAUCCGCAGGAAGACGUGGCCGGAGGACCUCCGAGCGGCCCCAACCCAGCAGCGCAGCCGGCGAGGGAGCAGCAGCAGGCGGCGUCGGCGGCGCCGCACACUCCGCAGACUCCCAGCCAGCCGGGACCCCCGUCCACGCCGGGGACCGCCGGAGACAAGGGGAGUCAAAAUUCAGGACAGAGCCAGCAGCAUAUUGAAUGUGUGGUUUGCGGAGACAAAUCGAGCGGCAAACACUACGGUCAGUUCACCUGCGAGGGAUGCAAAAGUUUCUUCAAGAGGAGUGUACGGAGGAACUUAACAUACUCAUGUCGUGCCAAUAGGAACUGUCCCAUUGACCAGCACCACCGGAACCAGUGCCAGUACUGUCGGCUGAAGAAGUGCUUAAAAGUGGGAAUGCGGCGGGAAGCGGUUCAGCGAGGAAGAAUGCCUCCAACCCAACCCAACCCAGGCCAGUACGCGCUGACGAACGGGGACCCUCUGAACGGCCACUGCUAUCUCUCCGGAUACAUCUCCUUGUUGCUGCGGGCCGAGCCUUACCCGACGUCCCGGUACGGGAGCCAGUGCAUGCAGCCCAACAAUAUCAUGGGCAUCGAGAACAUCUGCGAGCUGGCGGCUCGUUUGCUCUUCAGCGCCGUGGAGUGGGCGAGAAACAUCCCUUUCUUUCCCGACCUGCAGAUCACCGACCAGGUGUCCCUUCUCAGGCUGACGUGGAGCGAGUUGUUUGUGCUUAAUGCGGCCCAGUGCUCCAUGCCUCUGCAUGUGGCCCCUCUGCUGGCGGCGGCAGGCCUGCACGCCUCCCCGAUGUCUGCGGAUCGCGUCGUGGCUUUCAUGGAUCACAUCCGGAUCUUCCAGGAACAAGUGGAGAAGCUUAAGACUCUCCACGUAGAUUCAGCAGAGUACAGCUGCCUCAAGGCCAUCGUGCUUUUUACAUCAGACGCCUGCGGCCUGUCGGACGCAGCCCACAUCGAGAGCCUACAGGAGAAAUCCCAGUGCGCCCUGGAGGAGUACGUGAGAAGCCAGUACCCGAACCAGCCCAGUCGUUUUGGGAAGCUUCUGCUGCGGCUGCCCUCCCUGCGCACCGUCUCUUCGUCGGUAAUCGAGCAGCUGUUCUUCGUCCGUUUGGUAGGUAAAACUCCUAUUGAAACCCUCAUCAGGGAUAUGCUUUUAUCCGGGAGCAGCUUCAACUGGCCUUACAUGUCCAUCCAAUGAUCCUUAAGUCAAAGCGGAAAAAUGAGGGAAAAGGACCAAAAUUCAGCACCCCUCACCCCAUCCUCCUCCAAGAAGACUAUAUAUAGGACCUUUUGUGAGACACUUGGGAAGACAUGACUUUUUUUCUGUCUUCUGGAACUGAGAUGGAAUACAUUAUGUACAGAAAAAUAUUGGAACUGGACUUUACGCCUGUGUAAAUCCACCUCUCAUCUUCAAGAACAAUACUCUUCAUUUUGUAAUAUACUAGUCUUUAUUUUCCUUUUUUUUUUGUAAGAAAAAGAAAAAACAAAUAAAAUGAAAAACAUCAUAUGCGCAGUAAGAAAAAAAAGAAUCAAGACUUAGCGGGAAAAAUGUUUCCAAGCAAUUAUAAGAAUUGUCUUGUGUCUAUGUACCUCUCUGUUUUGUAUUUUUUCUGGUUCUAAACCAGGGUUUCUGUGAUUCUAUACUAAUAAUUUUUUGAUAUAACCUUUUGCUUCUUAUAAUGAGUGCGAUAUAUGUUGUCAAAGCUAUGUUCUCCAAGAAUUAAAAUUGAAGUGAGGAUUUAAAAGCAGAAAAAUAAAGAAAUUUAGACAAAUAAGAAACAGUCUAAUCGCUAUGACAAUAUCACCACUGAUGGUUGAACUUUUUUCCCCCUAAUUGAUACGAUGGACCUGUAACAGCAGCAAACUGACCUCCAGGACAUUCUUAUUUUUAUUUUGUACUGAGAGGACGUCUGGGCCACCACGAGUGUGCGUGGAGUCAAUCAUCAGUCAAAGAGGAGAGACAUGAGAAUCAAAAAAGCACUUUUAAUAUAUCAUUUCAAAUACAUUUUGUUUGUUUCGUCUUGGAAAAAAAAUCCAUUGUUUCUUGAAUUUUAUUGGUUGUUGCCUUCGAUUUGCUUACUCCAUGAUGCAGCUUUUUUUUUUUUUUUUCUUUUUUGACAGAAGGGUCGGUUGAUGAAGUUGUGUGAUGGUGACUGUACUAUUAAAAAAA